UAUUCUUUCUUUCUUUCUUUCUACCACAUUUCAUCCUUUUUUUUUUUUCAGCUUUCUCUCAGUGCUUUCUUUCACCCAACAAGAAGAAAUGGCCGAUUCAAUCCUGUAUGGCGUUGCACAGAAGAUCAUUGAAAGCUUGGGCUCCUCCACACUCCAGCGUGUUGGAUCUAUCUGGGGUGUCAAAGAUGAGCUUGAAAAAAUAAAGAACACUGUUCUCACUAUUCAAGUUGUUCUUCAGGAUGCAGAGGAGCAGCAGAUCCAGAACCACCAAGUCAAGCACUGGCUCAUGAAGCUCAGAGAAGUAGUUUUUGAUGCGGAUGACUUGCUGAGCGAGUUCUCCACUCAUGUGUUGCGGCAAAAUGUGAUGCAGGGUAGUAAAAUGACAAAGAAGGUACGCGAUUUCUUUUCUAGCUCAAAUCAAUUUGCUUUUCGUUUUAAGAUGGCUCGCAAAAUAAAGGCUGUGAGGGAGAGGCUUAAUGAUAUAGCAGAGGAUAGGAUCAAUUUCCAGUUGGUAGAGCGUCCUUCAGAGACAGCAGUUGAGACUAGGGAGAGGGAGACUCACUCAUUUGUACGUGAAGAAGACGUCAUCGGGAGGGAGGAGGAUAAGAAGGCAAUCAUAGGUCAAUUGUUGGACUUUGAUGUGGAGGAGAACGUUUCGUUCAUAUCCAUAGUAGGAAUUGGGGGGCUAGGGAAGACCACACUUGUUCAAUAUAUAUACAAUGAUGAGAAGGUCAAGGCUUAUUUUGAGUUGCAGAUGUGGGUGUGUGUCUCUGAUGACUUUGAUGUGAAAACAAUUGCUGAAAAGAUACUUGCAUCUGCAGUCGGUACAAGGCCUAACAACCUUGAAAUGGAUCAAUUGCAAAUUGAACUUCGCAAAAGUCUCAACCAAAAGAAGUACUUACUUGUGUUGGAUGAUGUGUGGAAUGAGAACAAAGAUAUAUGGUGUAAUUUGAAAACACUUUUGUUGGAUGGCUCAAAGGGAAGUAAGGUGGUGAUAACUACACGGAGCAAUUUGGUUGCAGAUAUUACCGGCACAAUGCAGUAUUUUCUAAAAGGUUUGUCAAAGGAUCAAUCUUGGUCUUUAUUGAAACAAAUGGCAUUUGAAAAAAAGCAAGAUACUAUCAAUCCUAACUUUGAAGCAAUUGGAAGAGACAUUGUAAAAAAAUGUUGUGGUGUGCCUCUUGCUAUAAAGGCAAUAGGAAGAGUAUUAUACUUUAAAAAAACUAGAGAUGAAUGGUCAUAUAUUAAGAAUAAUGAACUCAUGAAUGUAACUCAAAUAAAAGACGGUUUUUUGCCUGUUCUAAAAUUGAGUUAUGAUCAUCUCCCAUCACAUUUAAAGUGUUGUUUUACUUAUUGUUCACUGUUUCCCAAAGAUUAUUUGUUUAGGAGUGGGACAUUGAUACUAUUAUGGAUAGCACAAGGAUUUAUCCAGUCACCAGAGGGGAACCAACAAUUAGAGGACAUUGCCAAUGAGUAUGUCAUGGAACUACAUUGGAGGUCCUUCUUCCAAGUAGAACAUAAAGGUGGCUCCAUGUAUGAGAAUACAUUGUUUAAGAUGCAUGAUUUAGUCCACGAUCUUGCAUUAUCUAUCUCAAGGAUUGAGUGUACAUUAGUUGAUUCUAAUACAAAACAUGUCAACGAAAAAGUUCGUCAUGUAUCAUUCCCAUUUGAGAAUAAUUCAUUCUUUGAAGAGAAUUUAAACUCAUUGGUUAAAGCAAAAAAGAUGCGAACAUUCUUAUUGAGAUCCGAUAUAUUGUAUGAUCCAGUGGAAGAAUCAGCUCUCAAAAAACUUAUUUCUGCUUUUAGAUAUAUCCGUGCAUUAGAUCUACACGGCUUAAAAAUUAAGACGUUGCCAAAUAUCAUAGGUAAGUUGAUGCAUAUAAGGUACCUUGACCUUUCCAAUAAUGAUAUUGAGGUUCUCCCUAGUUCUAUUACGAGAUUGGUGAAUUUGCACACAUUGAAACUCACAUGUUGUUCUAAACUUAGGGAGUUACCAACAGACAUUCAAAAAUUGGUCAGCCUCAAGCAUCUUGAUAUAUAUUCAUGUUCCAAUUUGACUCGUAUGCCAUAUGGACUUGGGCAGUUGACUUCUCUUCAAACAUUAUCCUUAUUUGUUGUUAGUAAGGACCCCAAAGGUUCCUCCAAGCACUACGGUGGACUAGCAGAAUUGAACAAGCUAAAUGAUUUGAGAGGAAAAAUAGAGAUUAAAAAUUUGGAAUUGGUGAAAGAUGCUAUCUCAGAAGCAAAGGCCGCAAACUUGAAGGAGAAGCAGCAUCUCAGUAGCUUGUCAUUAAGAUGGAAUUCUAGGCCUGAUGAUGUUAUCAACGCUGGUGAUGAUGAAAAUUUGUUAGAUGGCCUACAACCACCCCAAUAUUUAAAAUAUUUGCUUGUAGAAUGGUACGGGGGUGUGAGAUUUUCAACUUGGCUUUCUUCGCUAACAAAGCUUACUGAAAUAUAUAUACUCGAUUGCAAUAAAUGCCAACAUUUGCCACCAUUGUAUCAAUUGCCAUCUCUUCGAAGGAUAUCUCUUGUGACAAUGCAUAGUCUAGAGUACAUAUCAGACUUGGAUAUCACCAAUGAAGUCUCUGCUUCAUCAUUGACAACAUUUUUCCCAUCCCUAGAGUCACUUGCGCUAUACCACUGUCCUAAUCUAAAGGGAUGGUGGAAGAGGGAUAUUGUUGAUAACGGCGAUGCAACAAUAAUGACAUCCACAUCAUCAUGGAGUCAUCAAUAUCACCAACACAUGUCACUGCCUUCCUUUCCCCGUCUUUCUUACUUGGCUAUAUUUUGUUGUAGUAAGUUGACUUCUAUGCCACUGUUUCCAUAUCUCGAAGAACAUCUUGAUUUGGCAAGUGUUAGCUGGAAGGCAUUGCAACAAACAAUGACAAUGAAUACGGCAGGAGCUUCUUCACUUCCCUCCUCCAUCCCUCCUCUCUCCAAAUUAAGGAAAUUGGAUUUGUGGGAGAUGCUAGACAGAAAGUCUCUGCCAGAAGAGUGGCUUCAAAACCUAACUUCUCUCGAGGAAUUAAAAAUUAGGGAGUGCUCUACAUCUCUGUCUCAAAUUCUGAGACAUCUCACCUCUCUUAAGGAGCUGACCAUUUUCGACUGCGAGGAAGUUGAUCUAUUUAGUGAUGUGGAUGAUGAUGGUACAAAAUUUCAACAUGUUAAGUGCCUUCAGUCUUUGACUUUUGCAAAAAUUUCUAAACUCGAGUCUCUUCCUGCAUGUCUUCAAUCCGUUACUAGUCUCCGAAAACUCUUGAUUGUCAAAUGUCCCAGCUUGAUGACUUUACCGGAAUGGAUUGGCAACCUCACAUCACUUCAAAACCUCGAAAUUAAAGAUUGCCCUAAUUUGACAUCCCUUCCCGAAGGAAUGCGCCGCCUCACCUCGUUACAGUCCCUGAGGAUCUAUAAGUGUCCCCACUUAGAUCAAAGAUGCCAGAAGGAAAUUGGAGAGGAUUGGACAAAGAUUGCCGACGUCCCAAAAUAUUCCAAUAGAGAGUAUGAUUAAUGAUAAAGUCGAAAUUCAGACUUGGCAAACGAGCUGUUGCUACGGGACUCGCUGAUAUUGGAGUAACAUUGUAUUGGCAAGCCUAAAAUUUCUCAUGUCCCAAAAUAUUCCAACAAAUUUCGGGUUUAACUAUUGAUAUACUUCCACUAGAAUUUCAGAAGCAAACUACAAAGAUGAGUCAAGGGGUUGCCCAAAAUUGCUCACGUUUGGAGCAGAUGCAUCUGAUCAAACAUCAAUUCUUUUCUGUAUAAGUUUAAUAAUUGAUCUCAAAUCUUUAUACAAACAUCAAUUCCAUUGUUUGUCCACUGGCUCUUUCUUCUCCUCCAAUGAGAAGAAAUGUUUGAGUAGACCUGAAGAAGCAAUUAAAGUCUAGAAAAAGCUUGGACCUUAUAAUUAUUUCUUGUUGAACGCUUUUGGCCUCUGCAAUUUUCAAAAUCACAUAAAGCCAUAAAGAGAUUGACAUCUGCGAUGCUAGCCGCAUAGUUCCCACAUUCCAAGUGCUGUGCUGAAGAUGAAACUUGAUCUUGAUCCAAGCAAAGGUGGAACUUGGAAGGCCUGAGUUCUAUUUCGAAUAUGGAGAAUAUCCUGAACAGGCAUGAAAUAGAAAGGCUGAGCAAUAUCUGGCUGACUUUAGUAUUCCAUACACAAUUAUAAGCUUUAUUUUUAGGAGGGUGAUACUUGGGAUGUUCAAACACUACUUUCUGGAGCAUCAGUCUUUUGUUCAUAUCAGAAUAUUGCUAAGAAAUAUUUUGAAGCACAAAGCAAACUUUGAAAGGGUGCCAGCAGUAAACUAGGGAUGAUUAGUAAAAUUUGCUCACCUGAAGUUUGGAGGGAAGGAACCUGUCCAUCAGAAACAGUUUGAAGCACAAAGCAAACAUUUGAAAGGGUGCCAGUAGGAAACAAGGAACAGCUACUAAAAAUUGCUCACACCCUGGGGGUUGGUGGGGAUGAACAUGUCCAUCAAGAAACUUUAGCUUUACAAGAUAACUUGCACUGAAAUAUGCUGGAGCUGUUGUUAUGGAUUUUGUGUUCAAAAAAAUAUCUAAAGAAAUAUAACAUCACCUGUGAACAUUAUGAAGCUGCAUAAACAUGGGUGGAUGCUAUAAAUGGCUGGGACUUCCUUGCUAUGAGUUCAAGUGCAAGAUGAGCACAUUAUGUUACGAACAUAGAGAGAUUGCGUGGAGGUUUGAGAUGAGAGUGAAUUCCAUGUGCUGUGGUUCCAAGAGCCUUCUCAAAUGGGUUUUGCAAUAUCAUUCAGUUUUGCUUGAAGAUAAUUUGAUGAUUUUAUUGGUUUAAAAAAUGCUAUGGAAGAAGAGGGUCAUGAUGCUGAUGAGGCAAGCUUGCAGUACAGGUAUCUUGAAUUAUAUACUUGAAAGUUGAAACCAGUCGCGUUGAUGUUAACAAGGCUUGUGGUUUGGAUGGACCAUGACACUUCAUUGUGUUGCAGCUGGGGGAUUUGCUAUUUCAGCUGAGAUUAUUAAGCUCUUGUUUGGUGCUUCUACAUUUUAUUUUGUUUUGUUGCAUACUGUUGACUAUGUAUUCCAUGGUCAUGUUAUUCUUGUUGUUUCUCGCAUUAGAGUAAUCAUAUGAAAGGAAUAGAACAUGUAUAUAUCUGGAGUGGAUGUUGUUUUCAUUAAUAAGCAUUUUGGGUAUGAAUCGAAA